AUGCCCCUUUCGCGCUCCCUUUUCCUGUCUACAUCUGGCUCUGCGGCAGCCCGUCACGUCCUUCGCCUGGCUAGCGGAAGUCAACCACCCCGCCUUGCAGUUGGCCAGGAAGCUGCAUCAUCUCCUUUCAUUCGAGCAUAUUCCUCCGCCCCGCCUCCUCCUCCUCCAAACCGCAACCGAAAUAACUCAGAGAUCAAGGUUCUCCCCAUACUUGCUAUCCUCGCAGUUGGAAGCGGCGUAUACGCUUUUCUGAUCAAGUCUCGCACGCCCAAGGAUGUCAAACCUGGCAAUGGGAAAGGAACGCAAUCUGCCAAGCUCGUCAAGGACUAUGGUUUUUCCCAUCUCUCCGCGGGUGAUUUGCUUAGGGCCGAGCAGGACCGUGAAGGAAGUCAGUACGGUGAUUUGAUUCGACAUAACAUUCGCGAAGGAAUCAUCGUGCCAAUGGAAAUCACCGUUACCCUCCUUUCCAACGCCAUGGCUGCCAUUCUCGAGGAGAAGAAAAAGAAGGGCGAGAACAGCGGAGAACAGACAUCACGGUUUCUCAUUGACGGAUUCCCACGCAAAAUGGAUCAAGCUAUAUAUUUCGAGGAAACCGUGUGUCCCUCGGCAGGGACUCUUUUCCUGUCCUGCCCGGAAGACGUGAUGUUGGACCGUCUCCUAAAGCGCGGAGAGACCAGCGGCCGUGACGAUGAUAAUAUCGAGUCAAUUAAGAAGCGAUUCCGUGUCUUUGAGGAGACCAGCAUGCCUGUUGUCAACUAUUACGAGAAGAUGGGCAAGGUCAUGAGUGUUUCUGCAGUUGGUACCGAGACUGAGGUUACUGCUCGCAUUCACAAGGAGAUAGAGAGCCGUGGCAUCGUGCAGCCAAAGGGUAACUAA